AAAACAAUAGUGUUGUUUCAUCAAAUGACAUGGUUUCCUUGAACGAAAUAAAAGUUUUAUUUUCAUUAUUUUAAAAAAUGAUUUCCUUUAAGAAUAUAAUAUUUUAAUGAAAUAAAAAAAUACCACAAAAUUAACCCUUACCGUGUAACGUCGGGUCACUCGUGCCCUGGCAAAAGUGACUGUCCCCUGUAGCUCGAAGGGGGGUAGGAGGGGCGGGACCAAACUAUACUGAAAAAAAUUGUAUACUACUAAGCUACUAGCUCCCCAAGCGCCAACGAUCUAGUGUGUAAACAGCAGUCGUGAGAGCCAACCAAAAUUUUAAAAGUGCACAAGUGACCCGACGUUACAUGUUACGUUGAUUUAAAAUUGCAGAUUUAAUGUCGCAAAGAACAGAUGCUGAAAUUAGUCACGUUUUACGUGAACGAGAUCACGAAGUUGAUUACGGCGGCGAUGCUACUGAUUUCGAGGAAGAUGAGGAUUAUGUCGAGGAUAUGGAGUCUAGCGGCACUGAAGUUUCUUGUAACGAGGCCGACUCUGAUGAUGAUGUAGAUGAGGAAGAAGAGAAGGAGGAAGAAGAGCAAGCACCUCAGCAAAGAAAGCGCAGAUUUGCCCACGGCAAGGACAAGUUCAAGUGGAGUCUUGAUGCUCCGGAGGCACGUGGUCGACAUUCGAGAGCAUCUCUAACGGUGCAUUUGCAUGCAGCUAAAGGCAACAGCUUAAAUGCAACAAACCCAUACGAAUCUUGGAAUGCGCUAUUUUCGGACAACAUGUUGGAUCUAAUUUUGAAACGCAGAAAUUGAAAAAUAUAAAACUACUCACGUGAUUGAAGCCGCUAAUUCAGCAACGUUUUCUAAUUUGUCGUUAAACGAAUUAAAAGCGUACCUAGGUUUGUUGUAUUAUCAAGGACUAAAUAAAAAUAAUCACGUGCUUCUUGAGAAUUUGUGGUCCGAUGAAUUUGGCACAAACUUAUAUAAAACAGUGAUGUCGGUGAGGCGUUUCAAAUUUUAUACCAUAGCGGGCAGGCUUCGACUUUAUGUAUACGCGAGCUGAAAACUUUCCUCGGAAUCCCAGUAACUGUUCAUCUGUAGUAACAUUGUCGC